AUGCCCAAAUUAGUGUAUUUGCUUCUGUAAACUGCUUUUCCAAUCGCUAUCCUGGUAUUUUUCACUAUCACAACAUUGAUUCUGUAUUCAUUAGCUGCAUUUAAUGACCCUGGCUACGUCAAGACUAAUUUGUUUAAGGUUGAGACAGAGAAUAGGGAGAACAAGAUGCUUGAGAAAAACAUGAAGUUCAAUAAAAAUGAUCUGAAAGGCAAGAAAUAUGAUAGAACUGAAUUUGCUUUUGAAGUUAGUGAAAAUUAAUUGAGAGCAUAGAGUGAUAAAAAUAAUGCUAUUGGAGAUGAGGAUAUUCUUGAUGCCGAUGAACUCUAUGGAAGAGACCUAGAUGAGGGCGAAGACGAGAUCAUUUAGAUUAUUGAUGAAAAUAAAAUAUUCCACUAAUAAAAUUAAAACAUAGAUAAUGAUGAGCUCCUAGAUGAUGAGGAGGACGAUGAAGGUCCACCGAUUGAUAUUGAGAGGGACUUGCAGGAUGAACAUUUCACUUCUCAAGCAGUGGACCUCAACAAGAAGAGGAACACCAAGAAGCUCAUCACAGAUGAUGACUCUAACAUCUCCUAGGUUGCCCGAGACUUCUUCAUGCAGACCCAUGGAGACAGAGGAGCCUCCUUUGAUCUGCUUUAGAAAGAAGCUGAGAUGAGAGAAGAACCAGAUUUGGAUGACGAUAAGGAGAAUAUCAUUAAUGUAGAUAUCGAUAAAAAAUCCUUCAAAACAUUUGAAAAUGGCAAAACCUAAGAUUUUGUUAUCUUUGAUUAAAAUGGUCCAGGAAAGGGAUCUAAGCAUGAUAAUUUUGAAGCAAUUAUAGAUAAGUAUAAUUUGAGACUAACAAGUCAAUACGAGGACAAAAAUUCAAACAAGUAAGAUAAUAGAGUCUUGUAAACUAAGUCGAUUGAUACUAAUGUAAUGAUAAACAAAGAGGAGAUGCAAUUUCAAGAAUCAAUUAAAGUUCAGUAAAUUCAUUACACUAUAGUAAACGGAAUUUUUCAAGAAUUUAAAAAUAUUCUGAGCAAAUCAUAUGCAAAUCAUGAGAACAGUAUUAAUAAAUAGUACUACUUACUAGAAAAAUCAAUCUAAAAUGACUUAAAUGCGAUUAGACUAUCUAUCAAACAUAAUAGAGUAGAAAUUCUAAAGUUUAUUCUUGAUAACUUUCAUCGCAUUGAUCUUGAGAGCAAAGAUUAAGACGGAAAUAACAGUCUACAUCUCGCUUGUUUAACUGGCAAUAUUGAGCUAAUUCAAAUGAUAUUUAAAAUGAGGCCAAAGCUUAGUUUGAUUCCAAAUAAUAAUAUGCUAACUCCAAUUCAUAUUACAGUAAAGUUAAAGAAUCCAUAGGCAAUUCAAAUCUUUGGUUCUAUAAUUAAUGAUAUUUUGACUGUAAAAGAUGAGACCUUCAAAAGAAAUAUGUUUUAAUCAGAAAACCCAUUCGAUUUUGAAGUAUUUUAAUGGAUACUCAAAAGUGGGUUAGCUAAAUUUAUCGAGGAAAACCAUUUGAAAAAUCAAUCAAACGAGGUUAAAAUUCAAAGUUAUUUAAAAUAAUUUGUUUAUAAGGGAUAGUAGAAGCCUCUACAGAAGUAAUAGAUAUCCCUUCUUAAUGAAAUCUUUAACUUUGAAGAUUAAAAGAUAUUGUAAUAAUACAUAAAUAAUGGAGAAGAUUAUCUUUCCAUCAAAAAUUGUUACUAUGAAACAAUAUUCCACUAUGCAGCUAAGCACAACUUGAUAUAGCUUCAAUAGAUUAUUGGCAGAGAUACCUCUAUAUUAGUGAAAGAAUUGGAGAAAUAAAAUUAUAUGGGAGAUACCCCUUUACACAUUGCAGGUAAAAAUGGCUCUAACGAGAUAUUGAAAUAUUAUCUUGAUAAUGUCCCAGCAUCAGUCCAGGAAAUACUGAAUAAUAGAGGCGAAAAUGUCAAUGAUGCUGUUUAAGCAAAUCUUGAACUAAUCAAGAAUAAAUAUCCAGGAUUUAAAUUUUAAAAUUCAAAGGAGUGA